UCGUUUACGAUGUUAAAAUUGAAAAUCGUAUUCAUUUUUAAUUAAAAUAUCCCCGAUAUCACGAUUCCCUUUGCGGUUCAUAUUAGAUGAAUUGUCAGACCGCGCUGAUCGGUUUGUAUUUUGUGAUUGGUAUAUUCCUCGUCCUGUGGGAGACAGACCCGUUCAGACACUGAGGGAGAGCAGAGAGGAGAUCUGAAGAGAAGAAAGGACACAUUCACUGAGGAGACGGUCAGAGCGAGUGACUGGAGCACUAGAGCCGUGCUGCACAUCCCACUGACAAGACCUGAAGACUGCCUUAUCCUGGUGAAAGCCAAGGAACAAAGAUGAAGUUGGUACCGAUCUGCAUUAAGCAGGAGAUGCCUGAACUGGAGCCUGUCCACAUGAAAGAAGAGACUGAACUGGAGCCUGUCCACAUGAAAGAAGAGACUGAACUGGAGCCUGUCCACAUGAAAGAAGAGACUGAACUGGAGCCUGUCCACAUGAAAGAAGAGACUGAACUGGAGCCUGUCCACAUUAAAGAAGAGACCGAACUGGAGCCUGUCCACAUGAAAGAAGAGACUGAACUGGAGCCUGUCCACAUGAAAGAAGAGACUGAACUGGAGCCUGUCCACAUGAAAGAAGAGACUGAACUGGAGCCUGUCCACAUGAAAGAAGAGACUGAACUGGAGCCUGUCCACAUGAAAGAAGAGACUGAACUGGACCCUGUCCACAUUAAAGAAGAGGAGACUGAACUGGAGCCUGUCCACAUUAAACAAGAGACUGAACUGGAGCCUGUCCACAUUAAAGAAGAGGAGACUGAACUGGAGCCUGUCCACAUGAAAGAAGAGACUGAACUGGAGCCUGUCCACAUGAAAGAAGAGACUGAACUGGAGCCUGUCCACAUUAAAGAAGAGACCGAACUGGAGCCUGUCCACAUGAAAGAAGAGACUGAACUGGAGCCUGUCCACAUGAAAGAAGAGACUGAACUGGAGCCUGUCCACAUGAAAGAAGAGACUGAACUGGAGCCUGUCCACAUGAAAGAAGAGACUGAACUGGAGCCUGUCCACAUGAAAGAAGAGACUGAACUGGACCCUGUCCACAUUAAAGAAGAGGAGACUGAACUGGAGCCUGUCCACAUUAAACAAGAGACUGAACUGGAGCCUGUCCACAUUAAAGAAGAGGAGACUGAACUGGAGCCUGUCCACAUGAAAGAAGAGACUGAACUGGAGCCUGUCCACAUUAAAGAAGAGGAGACUGAACUGGAGCCUGUCCACAUGAAAGAAGAGACUGAACUGGAGCCUGUCCACAUUAAAGAGGAGACUGAACUGGAGGCUGUCCACAUUAAAGAAGAAGAAACUGAACUGGAGCCUGUCCACAUGAAAGAAGAGACUGAACUGGAGCCUGUCCACAUGAAAGAAGAGACUGAACUAGAGCCUGUCCACAUUAAAGAGGAGACUGAACUGGAGGCUGUCCACAUUAAAGAAGAAGAAACUGAACUGGAGCCUGUCCACAUGAAAGAGACUGAACUGGAGCCUGUCCACAUUAAAGAGGAAGAGACUGAACUGGAGCCUGUCCAUAUUAAAGAAGAGACUGAACUGGAGCCUGUCCACAUUAAAGAGGAGACUGAACUGGAGCCUGUCCACAUUAAACAAGAGACUGAAUUGGAACCUGUCCACAUUGAAGGGGAAUCUGUUGACUUGUUUAAGGAUACAGAAAAUAUAUCCCGGCCAAAGAUAUCACAUCAGUGUAAUGAAUGUGGGCAGAGCUUCAGCCGACCAGGAAGCCUAAAAACACACCAGCAGAUUCACACUGGAGAGAAGCCGCACCACUGUACUGAAUGUGGAAAGAGCUUCCGUCAGUUAGCAGUCCUAAAAAGGCACCAGCGACUUCACACUGGAGAAAAGCCGUAUCACUGUACUGAAUGUGGAAAGAGCUUCCGUCAGUUAGCAGUCCUAAAACGACACCAGCGACUUCACACUGGAGAGAAGCCACACCACUGUACUGAAUGUGGGAAGUGCUUCAAUGCGUCAGGAAGCCUAAAAAGACACCAGCGACUUCACACUGGAGAGAAGCCGUAUCACUGUACUGAAUGUGGAGAGAGUUUCAUGGAGUCAGGAAGCCUAAAAAGACACCAUCGAUUUCACACUGGAGAGAAGCCGUAUCGCUGUUUUGAAUGUGGAAAAAGCUUCACUGACAAAGGAACACUAAACAAACACCAGCGAAUUCACACUGGAGAGAAGCCGUAUCAAUGUACUGAAUGUGGGAAGUGCUUCAAUGCGUCAGGAGGCCUAAAAAGACACCAUCGAUUUCACACUGGAGAGAAGCCAUAUCGCUGUUUUGAAUGUGGGAAAAGCUUCACUGACAAAGGAAAACUAAAAAAACACCAGCGAAUUCACACUGGAGAGAAGCCGUAUCACUGUGUUGAAUGUGGGGAGUGCUUUAGUCAGUCAGGAAACCUAAAAACACACCAGCGACUUCACACUAGAGAGAAGCCAUAUCAAUGUACUGAAUGUGGGGAAAGCUUCACUAACAAAGGAAAACUAAAAAAACACCAGAUAAUUCACAUUGGAGAAAAGCCACACCACUGUACUGACUGUGGGAAGAGCUUCAAUGUGUCAGGAAAACUAAAAAUACACCAGCGAAUUCACACUGGAGAGAAGCCAUAUCAAUGUAUUGAAUGUGGAGAGAGCUUCAGUGAGUCAGGAAGCCUAAAAAGACACCAACGCAUUCACACUGGAGAGAAGCCGUAUCACUGUGUUGAAUGUGGGGAGAGCUUUAGGCAGUCAGGAAACCUAAAAAGACACCAGCAAAUUCACACUAGAGCCAGCCUCCCUCCCUCCCAGUCCCUCACCUCUCCACCCUGCUUGUUUGAGUGUGUGGAGUUUUUAAGAAGUUCUCCCAAUCCAGCCGCUGAGACAAACAGUAUCGAUUCUGAACCGCAACUUCUAAACAGAAUCCUGUGUGCUGUCAUGGACAGUGUGGAGAUGGAAUCUGUCCAGAUUAAAGAGGAGUUCCCUGAACUUGAACCUCUCCCCUUUACAAUGGAGUUCUUUGGGCUGGCUUCCCUCCCCAUGAAACAGGAGCUCUGUGAGAUGCAAUGUGACAGCAGCCAGCCAGAGGUCUCUGAGAUUAAAGCUGAGCACAAUGAAUUGGAGAUCCCGCAGACAGAAGAACACCUUCCUGUUAAACAAGAAGAGGUGCUGGAAAUUGUCUGUAUUAAACGGGGUCCCCCUGAAGUAGAGUUUGAGCACAUGGAACCAGGGAAGGAAGAAUCCGAGGACUUCAAACCAAACAUCCCUGAGCUGGAGGCUGUACGCCUGCGGGAGUGUAGCGUGGUGUUGGAGAGAAUCUGCGUGAGAGAGCAAGGCACUGGAGAGGAAGGCUCUCCCAACAGCACACAAGGAGGUGGACAGGGAGACAGGCGGUUGCAUUCAGAAUGCAGUCUAGCAGGUUCCAGUCCAGCAGCUAAAGUGAGGGCAGGUGGUGGAGAAUAUCCUGACUGUGGGAAAGGUUUCACGCUGUUGGGGCAUUUAAACAAAACCCAACAAACUCACACAGGAGAGAAACCGUAUCACUGCUCUGACUGUGGGAAGAGUUUCAAUCAUUUUAGAAACCUAAAACAACACCAGCGAAUUCACACAGGAGAGAAACCGUAUCACUGCUCUGACUGUGGGAAGAGUUUCAGUGUGAAAAAAGGCCUUCAAAACCACGAGCGAACUCACACAGGAGAGAAACCGUAUUGCUGCUCUGACUGUGGGAAGAGUUUCAGUCAGUUAGGAAGCCUAAAAGGACACCAACGAACUCACACAGGAGAGAAACCGUAUCGCUGCUCUGACUGUGGGAAGAGUUUCAGACGGGCAGACAACCUUGUUUCACACCAGCGAACUCACACAGGAGAGAAACCGUAUCGCUGCUCUGACUGUGGGAAGAGUUUCAUUCGGGCAGACAGCUUUGUUUCACACCAGCGAACUCACACAGGAGAAAAACCGUAUCGCUGCUCUGACUGUGGGAAGAGUUUCAGUGUGAAACAAGUCCUUCAAAAACACCAGCGAAUUCACAGAAGAGAGAAACUUUAAAAACCAUGUUCAAUGGGACUUUUCACUCAUGAGGGGAAAAUAAUAUUAACCUUGCAUUACGAAUCCCUGUGUGAUAACUGUUUUGUAGAUCACUCUUGAGCAUGCAUUUAAAACUCUCUUGCACUCUGUGUCAGAUAGUGGGUGGUGAUGCGGACACGUCACAAGAGGCUUCUCUGCUGUCAGUUUAACUCAGGCUGUCAAUGCAGUCAGUGCCUGGGAGUGGGAAUAUGCAGAAAGGAAACUAUUCCACACCUCAUCUGAUGGACGAGUCAGGAGAAAUCAAUAACUCAGUGUGGAAAUGAGUUUCAGGAUUUAACAUUUUGAACUUACUCAAUUUAUUUAUUUUCAAGUUAAUUAUCAUGCUUUUUAUUUUUUUUUAAUGAUCUAAUGUACAAUAAAUGAUAAAUUGUUUGUUUGU